AUGCACUGCAGCCCCCCGGGGUCAAGGUUGAGUAUCCCAGCAGGCACUGCAGCCCCCCGGGGUCAGAGUAUAGUAUCCCAGCAGGCACUGCGGCCCCCCGGGAUCAGAAGUAUCCCAGCAGGCACUGCGGCCCCCCGGGGUCAGAGUAUAGUAUCCCAGCAGGCACUGCGGCCCCCCGGGGUCAGGGUAUUGUAUCCCAGCAGGCACUGCGGCCCCCCGGGAUCAGGGUAUAGUAUCCCAGCAGGCACUGCGGCCCCCCGGGGUCAGGGUAGAGAGGCCUGGUUGAAGUGGGCUGUGCUGCGCUCUGUAACCCCUUCCUCCCUGUCCUGCGUGCAGCUGAAGACGUCCCUGGGCAAAGGCCGAGCCUUCAUCCGCUACUCCCUGGUGCACCAGCGGCUGGCCGACACCCUGCAGCAGUGCCUCAUCAACCACCGCGUCACCAGUGACUGGUAUUACGCUCGCAGUCCCCUCCUCAAACCUCACCUGAGCGUUGACAUCAUCGGUCACCUUUACGAGCUUAACGAGGUCCAGUUCGAUGUUGCGUCCAGGGGCCACGACCUGGACUCUGCCUGGCCAACCUUCGCCAGGAGGUCUCUGGGGCCAGGCUCACCUGGUCACCUGUGGAAACCGCCCAGCCGGAGUUCUAGCAUCAACAGCCUGGCCAGCACCUUCUCACAGGCUCAGGAGUUCCCCUGCAGUCCGGACUUCGGGCUGUUGGACGAGUCCAGUGAGCUGUGCGAGCCGGCGGACGCUAGCGGGGGCGGGGCCGGGGGCGGGGCCGGGGCGGUGGAGGCGCUGCGGCUGGAGCUGGACCAGGCGGAGCUGCAGCAGCGGGAGCUCCUGGAGCGCCUGCAGCAGAUGGGCGGGGAGGGGGCGGAGCUUCGCCGGGUGACGGAGCAGCUCCAGGCCCAGCUGGACGUCUCGCUGGCCUCCCAGGAGGCCGAGCGGCGGGACUCCGCCCGCCAGCGGCAGCAGCUGGAGGAGCGGGCAGAGUCCCAGGCUCGGGAGGCGGAGUCUCUGAGGGCGGAGUCCCGGGCCAAGGAGGCGGAGUCCCGCGACCUGCGGGCCAAGCUGGAGGGGGCGGAGCAGAGGAACAGCGAGCUCCUGUCCUGCCUCCAGGGGGAGCUCUCCGAAAAGGGCCAGCAGACUGCCAGUUACUUUGACUCCGCCCAGAAGAUCCACGAGCUGCUAGACCAGCUGAAGGAGGUGGAGAGGGAGAAGCAGGAAGCUCAGCGGGAGGUGGAGGAGCAGAGGGCGGAGCUUAGCAGGGCGGAGUCGGCCCUGGUGGAGAGCGAGGCCAGGCUGGUCGCCUUGACGAUCUCGGCGGGUGCAGACAGUGCGCGAGUGCUGGAGCUCCGCGCCUCCCUGGAGCAGCAGCAGGGAGCGCUCUCCCAGCGGGAGAAGGAGGCGAGCAGCCUGCGGACGCGGCUGCAGGAGGCACGGGGCUCACUGGAGGCUCGGGAUCGGCAGGCGGAGGAGGAGAAGGAGGAGCUGCGCCGCCUCCACGCGGGCCAGAAGGAGGCGCUGGAGAGCCGGGCGCGAGACCUGGAGGAGCGUCUCAGGGCCGGGGAAGAGGAGCUGGUCGCCAGCGAGGAGCGCGCCCGCGGCCUGGAGCAGGAGGCGCAGGCCAGGGCGGGGCUGGAGGCGGAGCUGAGGGAGCAGGCCAAGAAGCUGGAGGAGUACAAGGUGCAGUGCGGCAGCCUGAUGGAGCUGAACGGCUCCCUGCUGCAGACGGUCAAGCGCAACGAGGAGGCGGCGCGGGGCCUGGCCGAGGAGCGGGCGGGGCUGCGGGCGCAGCUGGAGGGCGCCGCGGCGACGGGGGAGGAGCGGGAGAGGAGGCUGGAGAGGGAGAACCGGGAGCUCCGGGAGGAGCAGGCGGCCGUGAAGGAGGCGCUGGCCUCCAUGCAGGCAGAGCUCCGCUCCAUCGGCGCGCAGAUCUCAGAGCUGGAGGGCAGCCUGGCUGCCUCCCGCAGGAGAGAGGCGGAACUGCAGGACCAGCUGAGGGAGCGGGAGAGGGAGAGGGCGGAGCUACAGGAGCAGGAGAGGGAGAGGGCGGAGCUACUGGAGCAGGAGAGGGGGAAGUGGGAAAAGGAGAGGGUGGAGUGGAAUAAAGAGAGGGUGGAGCUGCAGAAGCAGGAGAAGGAGAGGGCGGAGCUACAGGAACAGGAGAGGGCGGAGUGGGAGAAGGAGAGGGCGGAGCUACAGAAGCAGGAGAGGGCGGAGGCGGAGCUACAGAAGCAGGAGAGGGCGGAGUGGGAGAAGGAGAGGGCGGAGCUACAGAAGCAGGAGAGGGCGGAGUGGGAGAAGGAGAGGGCGGAGCUACAGAAGCAGGAGAGGGCGGAGUGGGAGAAGGAGAGGGCGGAGCUACAGAAGCAGGAGAGGGCGGAGUGGGAGAAGGAGAGGGCGGAGCUACAGGAACGGGAGCACGAGGCGGGGGCACGACUCUCGCGGGCGGAGGCCCAGCUGGAGCUCCACCUGGGCGAGGUCUCCCGGCUCCAGGAGGAGGUGCUGGGGCUGCGGACAGAACUCCGCCGGGCUUCAGAGGAGGAGGCGCGGGCCAGGAGCCGGCUGGAGGCCGCGGAGGCUGAGAGGGACGAGCUGAGGUCCCUGGGGGAGUCCCUGAAGGCGCAGCUGGAGCAGAUGAACCGUGGGCAUGUGCAGGAGCUGCAGACCUGCAGGCAGGAGGUGGAGGCCCUGAGGGCGGAGACGGAGCGGGAGGCGUCCGAGGAGCUGGCCGGGCUGAAGGAGCAGCAGGAGGCGCUGGCCGGGGAGCUGGCCGACGCCCGGGAGGGACUGCACCGGGCCAACACAGAGACGGCCGAGCUGGGCGUGGCCGUCUGCGCGCUGACCGCCGAGAGGGAGGAGGCGCAGCGGGAGCUGGCGGGGGCGCGGUCCGGGCUGGAGGAGGCGCAGGCGGAGCUCCAGGACCUGCGGGACCAGCUGGAGAGGGCGGAAGGCCGGGCCCGAAACCUCCAGGAGUCCCACGGAGAGGAAGUGGCCGCCGCCAGGUUCCAGAUGAGCAGCGAGGCUAUCAGCUACCAGAAUCAGAUCAAGAGUGCCAGUGAGGAGGCGGUCACUUUGCGGGGCCAGCUGACUGCAGAGCAGGAGAAAGUGCGCCACCUGGAGGCCAGGCUGUCUGAACUGGAGGCUGCGAGCAGGAAGAACUCUCUGAUGGUGGACGAGAAGGACUCCGCCAUCUCAGAACGGGAUGCUGCGAUUGGACAGAAGGACGAAGAGCUGCAGAGGCUGAGAGAGAGCUUAGAGAGGACUGAGGCAGACCUGCUCUCUGCUCAGAGCCGCUGUCAGGAGCUGAAGGGCGAGCUGGAGGUCGCUGUUGCUGAGAGAGAAAGCCACGCCCUGAAGAUGGGGGCCGAGCUGGACGACCUGAGCAGGACCAAGAGCACCCUGGAGGAGCGGCUCAUCGAGCUCAUCAGGGAUAAGGACGAGCUGUGGCAGAAGUCUGACGCUCUGGAGUUUGAGCAGAAGCUGCGGGCGGAGGAGCAGUGGUGGCUGGUGGACAAAGAGGCGACGCACUGCCUGCGCUGCCGGAGCCAGUUCACCUGGUUACUACGGAAACACCACUGCAGGCUGUGCGGGCACAUUUUCUGCUACUACUGCAGCAACAACUUUGUGAUGACCAAGCUGGGCGGGAAGAAGGAGCGUUGCUGCGGCGACUGCUACUCUCAGCACAGCGCCGUGACGGAGCGCCUCACUCAGGCCGAGCUGGGCCACACGGCCCCGCCCCCCGGUCCCGGCUCCGCCCCCGGCCCCGCCCCCUACACGCCCAUGCCCAGGGUCACGGUGACGGACCCCGCCCCCAGGCCCGAUGACGCGGUGUAUGACAUCAUCACGGAGGAGGAGGUGAACGGCGUCUACGACAGCGACUCCCUGUCCCAGGCCACCGGGGAGUCUUCAGAGAGAGAGACGGAGACGAGCUCACCACAGGCCAGCGCAGAGCUGGACUCGAGCACAAGCAGAGGAGACGGAAGCACUGAGGACCCAGAAGAACAGACGCCGACAGUGCAGGAUGCUGAGAUAUACCUGCUGAAGUCUGGAGAACUCACGCAGAGCGUUUCCCUCACCGCGGAGGAGAUGGUGCGGUUCGGCGACGGCUCUCGCGAGCUCUUCAUCAAGUCCAGCUGCUACAGCGUCGUCGCCAUGGAGCUGCAGACGGCCGGCCCCACCAUCAGCUGGGUGUUCUCCUCCGAACCCAAGAGCAUCUCCUUCAGCGUGGUCUACAGGGAGGGGGCACAGACCCCACUGGAGCAGGCCAAGGUGCUCAUCCCGCUCACCCGCUGUGACGCGCACAGGGAGACCAUCCAGGGCCAGCUGAAGGCCCGAAAUCCGGGCACCUACCUGCUCAUCUUCGACAACUCCUACUCCAGGUUCAUCUCAAAGAAAGUUUUCUAUCACCUGACAAUCGAGAAGCCAAUCAUCUACGACGGAAGCGACUGUCCGUAGCCGGGAAGGCGGGAUUCAGCAUCUGCGUCUGUUCGUCUGCAUGUUAUACCGCCCCCUUCUGGGCACCUCCGCAAUACCCGACCUUCCAAAUGCUGGACGUUUGCGUGGUGAAGUCCAGUGCAGCUCCGCAACGGAGAGAAGCUGUGCUGGACUUCACCCGCGCAAGUACGCUGGCCUUGCCGUUCCUCGCUGUCUGGUCUCCUGUGUGUAUUUGUAAGGUCGCGUCUUUAAACGCGUGUGCCUUAGCAUUGGGGGGGAAGCUCUUAGCACGUGUGUGAUACCAGCCCUAGUGCCGCACAGCGCAUUUUCAUUCAUUAAAUACUGCCAUUAGCGUUUAUACUACCUAGCGUUUGGAAAAAACAACAACAAAAAAAAAAAACAAAGACGCAGCUCGCUCGUGUGCUCAGGAGAUUUGUUAGAUGUAGACGCAAAAGUGGGUGUUAAAUUCAGGCUAAAGCUUCCUGAGUGACAGGCAAAUGCCGUAUGAAAACAGUUUUAUCAGGAAUUAUGCACUACGAAACAUAACAAAAAACAAAAAAUAAGAAACAAAGAAACUAUGCAACUGUGUUCAGGAUCUGCAGAAGAGCAAAUGGCUUAAAUCAAAAAACCGGUAAGAACACUCAGUUUGGUUACCUAGCAACAAUGUGACGUCUGCGGGCGCCUGCCUCCGGGUGGCGCUAUAGCUCGGAAACCCGCUGGAUGAUCGGAGAGCGCUGCCUCCUUGACGUGGACGCGGUUAAUGAACACAAGCGGCUCUGCCUGUUCUGUACGGAAAGCUUUGGCUGGCUCUCUAAACGAGCAAACGCAGCCAGAGGGUUUCACAGCGUGUGAUGGAGGUGCUAACGUGCUAACGCAGCCGCCGGGUCUCACAGCGUGUGAUGCAGAUGCUAACGUGCUAACGCAGCCAUAGGGUCUCACAGCGUGUGAUGAAGGUGCUAACGUGCUAACGCAGCCAGAGGGUUUCACAGUGUGUGAUGCAGGUGCUAACGUGCUAACGCAGGCAGAGGGUUAAUAUGAUGACCUUUGACCCCAGCCUCCUCGGAGCUUCUGAUUGGCCCAUUUAAAAACACAGGCUGCUUUUGGGCCUCCGCUCCUCUUCCUCCUCCCUGUUAGCAGCGGCGGGAAAACGUUGACGAUGUGACGGUGUCGCCGCCGCGCUCACCGACGUGAGAACGCUGUGCCUUCGCCAGGGUUUCGAAACUUUCAGAAACAACCCCCCCCCCCCCCUCGCAAUAGGACAGCUUGAUCUGUAAGGCCGCUUUGAAAUCCGACCUGGAUUUGGGGUGAUAUUUCCCCGGCCCCCCUCCUGGAAACUGUGGGUAAUUCAGCGAGUGGGCGAUGCGGGGGACGCGUCAUUCGCCGCCGUUCCCGCCCAGGCCCCCGCAGUCGCUUUAGGCCCCGAAUAGACGCUGCAAAUCACAAGGGAGAGCCCGGAAAAGUCACGACGAACCCUGCAUUCUGCUGACCUUUUGUCGUCUAAAAGGAAAGAUCAUUAUCUUAAUUGCGUUCCUAAGAGCUUCGUACAGCUGCAGACUUACCUUUUCUUUCUUCAGGGGCAAUAUGAAACUCUGAAAAUGAAAAAAUGGUCCUUCUAGACCAUGGGUUGGCAACUGGUGACCUGUGGGAUAAAUCUGGCCUCCCAACAAUAUUGUUUGGCGCGAGGUUGUGUGGACGAAUCAACAUCUCCCCCCGGAUUAAGCAGCAGAAGCAAGAUCAGAUUCGAUUUAAUUAAAUUUUAUUUAUUUAUUUUCUAAUUGCAAAAGAAAGAAUAAUUUAGUACCUCUCGCAAUUCUUUCAGCGCAUAUAUAUGGGAUAUGUAAUUUGAGGAGCGUGAUUCUCAGUGCAGUUUUUUGUCACCUGUAACACACUGUGCACUUCCUCACCUGUAACACACUACGCACUUCAUCACCUGUAACACACUACGCACUUCAUCACCUGUAACACACUACGCACUUCAUCACCUUUAACACACUGUGCACUUCCUCACCUGUAACACACUGUCCACUUCCUCACCUGUAACACACUGUGCACUUCAUCACCUGUAACACACUUCCUCACCUGUAACACACUGUGCACUUCCUCACCUGUAACACACUGUGCACUUCAUCACCUGUAACACACU